AUGGAGCUGCUGGAAGUGCUGAAAGCUCGAGUGAAGCAGCUCCAAGCCAGUAAUGUCCCGGAGGUGAUGGUCAACAAAGCAGAGCUGGCCCCACUGGGGAAUGAUGGGUACCAGGACCCACUGCGGAAAGUGGUGGCUGCCAGCCCUGUGGAGGAGCAACCCACUCCCAGGGGAAUGGAUGAGAGUCCAGCCUGGCCCAGAAGCUGGGCUGAGAAGUUGAAGAAGGAGAUGUACAUCCGGCAGCUGAAGGUGGAGCGGAAUUUAUCCAUCGCUGCCUCCCAGCUGCCUCUGGAGCGGAAGGCCAAGGCCAAGGCUAAAGCUGAGCGGAAGGCCAAGGCCAAGGCUAAAGCUGAGCGGAAGGCCAAGGCCAAGGCUAAAGCUGAGCGGAAGGCCAAGGCCAAGGCUAAAGCUGAGCGGAAGGCCAAGGCCAAGGCUAAAGCUGAGCGGAAGGCCAAGGCCGAGGCCGAGGCCAAAGCUGAGCGCGAGGCGAAGCCCAAGGCCGAGGCCAAAGCGGAGGCCGAGGCGAAGGCCAAGGCCGAGGCCAAAGCGGAGCGGAAGGUGAAGGCCAAAGCUGAGGGCAAGAAGAGCCUGAAGAGCCCAAAGGCUAAUGGGGCUGCUGCCUGGAGCCAGAGCCAUGCUGGCUCCUGCAGGGUCUAUGCCCAUGGCAAGCCCAGGGUGGCAGCAGUGAAGAAGAGUGUAAAGGUGCAGAAGCCUCAGAGGGUGCUGGAGAACAAGGACAGCAGCCAGUACAAGAUUCUGCAGCAGACCAUCCAGUCCAAUCUCGAAUGCUUCCUCUUCUUGCAGCAACCAGAGGAGGCUGAGAGGUUCCUUCUCUUGUACCACAGCUCCCCUGCAAAGAGAAGGCAUUUGAAUGUCGAUGCAUACAACAUUGUGAUGCGCAGCUGGGCAAGAAAGGGAUGCUUGCGGCGCAUCGACCGGCUAUUUUCCAUGCUGGAGUCUGUCGGCCUCCAGCCCAGCCUGGACUCCUAUGCGGCAGCACUGGAGUGCAUGGGCCGGAACCAGUUGUCUGCCAAAGAUGUCCAGAGAUGUCUGCAACAGCUGAAGAAUGAUGGCUUCCAUGUGGACGAGCUCUUCCAAAAGUGCCUGUUUGAGAAAGAUGAGAAGGAGAAGGUGCUGAGGGCCAUCAGGAUUGUCCAGCCUGACUACCAGCUGCCCCCUCCACCCAACCCCCAGACCUGCAAAUCUUCUCUGCUCCAGGACUUCUACUCCAAAGAGAAGAUGGUGUCAUACCCCAAGCUGGAUUUCUCUGUGCAGGAGUUGCAGGAGCUCUUCCAGCAGCAGCUGGAGAUGGAGCUGAACACCACCGUAACCAUCAAGUCAGUGGAGUCAGCCAAACCUCUGCCACCGCAAGCCAUUAAAGCGCGCAAUCUGCUGGCCACCCUUCGUUCCCAGUGGCACAGCUCUAUCCUCCAGGCCCUGCAGAAGUCGAAGCGCAGCAUGUCCAGGCUCAAGAUGGCGUCAGGGUCCAACAUUCUCUACCCCUACCUGUACCUGCUGCCGGAUGAGGAGUACGUGGGCAUCAUGCUGCAGAUACUCAACACCCUCUCUCCGCAAGGAGAAUCCGUGGCUGUCUUGGCCAGGGAGCUGGGCUCCAAAGUCUACAACAGAUAUAUCACCCAGAGGAAGCUGUGCAGCCGCCAGCUGGAGAAGGUGCAGGAGGUCUAUGAGGACUACAUCCACCUGCUGGCGAAGGACAGCCAGCCUGUUGAGUACUUGCCACGGGAAUAUUGGGAGAAGCUGGUGGCAGAAGCAGGCUUUGGGCCUUCCCUGAACUUGAAGGACUGCAGCUGGCCGUACGUGCUUCUCAUGCGCUUGGGCAUGCACCUGCUGGAAAUCCUUGUGCAGGCUGUCAAAGUGCCCAGGAAUAUCCUCAAUCCUCGCCUGGAGCCCAGGCUUAUCCCCGUCCUCUACCAUAUCUACUCCUUUCGCAGCCGCUGGCAGGUUGGGCUGAUAAAGCCUCAUCCUGUCUUCUCUCAGAUUGUGUCAGAUGCUGCAGAGACCAUGCUGACCUUUAACUCCUCUGCCAUACCUAUGCUGUGCCCCCCAGUGCCCUGGACCUCUCCCCAUUUUGGUGCCUUUGUCCUGAACGACACCAGGUUGAUGCGCUUUGUGGAUGGGGCCAUCCAGCACCAGCUGCUCCUAGAACAGUGUCCUCCGGUGAACCUCCACCCUGUGCUGGAUGCCCUCAACCAGCUGGGCAACUGUGCCUGGAAGAUUAACCAGCCGGUGCUAGAUAUCAUAAUCUCCAUCUUUAAUGACAAAGGCAAUGAGAAGCUGGACAUCCCACCGCCCAUCUCUGAGGCCCCCCAGCCUCCUGCUGCUCCCAGCAAUUCCUCUACCUGGAACAAGUCCCAGAAGCAUGAGUUCUUGCUGUGCAAGAAGAAGGCAGCUGAAAUGCACAGCUUGCGCAUGGAUGCGCUCUAUAAGCUUUCCAUUGCCAACUAUGUGAGGGACAAGGUGUUCUGGUUUCCUCACAACAUGGAUUUCCGAGGCAGGACUUACCCUUGCCCACCUUAUUUCAACCACCUUGGUAAUGAUGUCACCCGGGCCAUCCUGCUUUUUGCAGAGGGAAGGCCACUGGGGCCCAAGGGCCUUGACUGGCUGAAGAUCCACCUCAUUAACCUCACAGGGCUGAAGAAGAAGAAUGCCUUGCAAGAGCGGCUGGAGUAUGCCAAUGAAAUCAUGGAGGAGAUCCUGGACUCAGCUGACUACCCGCUCACGGGCAGGAAGUGGUGGAUGAACACUGACGAACCCUGGCAAGCCUUGGCGUGCUGUAUGGAAAUCGCCAAAGCCUCGAGGUCCCCAGAUCCGGCAGCCUACAUCUCUCACUUCCCGGUUCACCAGGACGGCUCUUGCAAUGGUCUGCAGCACUAUGCAGCUCUUGGCCGGGACCUUAUUGGCGCCAUCUCCGUCAAUCUGAUGCCCUGCAAUGUCCCCCAGGAUGUCUACAGUGCAGUGGCCCAGCAGGUGGAGGAGUUUCGGAAGAAGGAUGCUGACCAGGGGGUGAAGAUUGCCCAGGUGCUGCAAGGCUUUGUGAGCCGCAAGGUGGUGAAGCAGACGGUGAUGACGGUGGUGUACGGUGUCACACGCUAUGGCGGGCGGCUGCAGAUGGAGAAGCGUCUCAAGGAGAUUGAAGAGUUCCCUGAGGAGUACUUGUGGGAAGCAUCUCACUACCUUGUAAAGCAGGUGUUCAAUGGCAUCAAGGAGAUGUUCUCAGCAACUCGAGAUAUCCAGAAAUGGCUGACGGAGAGUGCCAAGCUCAUUGCCCAGUCAGGACAGACAGUAGAGUGGAUCACGCCGCUGGGUCUCCCCAUCGUGCAGCCCUACUAUCGGUCCAAGUCCACUGUGCUGAAUUGCAGCAUGCAGAACUUGAGUGUGAAAAGCUCCAACAGCAACCAGAAGCCUGACACAGUGAAGCAGAAGAAUGCCUUCCCACCCAACUUCAUCCACUCCCUGGACUCCACACACAUGAUGCUCACAGCUCUGCACUGCCUCAGGCAGGGUCUGACCUUCGUCUCAGUCCACGAUUGCUACUGGACUCACGCGCUCACUGUGGACGUCAUGAACCAGAUCUGUCGGCAGCAAUUUGUGGCACUGCACAGCGAGAAGAUUCUGCAGGAUCUGUCCAAGUUCAUGCUGGAGAAGUACUGCAGGUAUUCCUUGCCUGGUGGCAAACCCCCACCACUCUCCGUCCUACCCACACUGAUUCCCUCUCCCGGGGGUGGUUGUGCCCAGAUGCUCACGGGUUGUGUCAUCUGCCUGGGAGUUGCUCUGGAAGGAAGUUGUGCUUCCUUCUUGACUGAUGUGAAAAACAAGGUCCCCGGCAGAGAGACUAGAGACCUCUGGCAGAAUAAACUGAUGGAGCAGCUGUCGAAUGUCCCCAAAACAGGUGAAUUCAACCUGAAGAAUGUCAUGGAUUCCACUUAUUUCUUCAGCUGA